AUGCCCAAGCAGUGUGAGCUCCUGGGCACCUGGGAAUCAUCUUACCUAACCCUCGUCACUGCUAACGGGUCUCCUGUGUCACAUGACCCCCCUGAGUCCAUGAUGGUCCCAGAAGCUUCCCUCGUGGUGUACGGGACCCCUGGCAGCAUCGCUGAACAUGAAAUCAAAAGACAGGUCACCGCAAUUUUCAGCUUGCCGACAUCUCACCAAACCUGCGGAGUACACUUGUCAAAAUUCACCGAGAAGUUCACCGAAAGCCACUUUCUCACGUGCUGUGUCUUCCAGGUUUCCGUGCAAUCCUCCAGGUUGAAGGAGUCGAGACAUUCCAUGAUCCCUCUCUCAGCUGCAAAGGUCUUUCGAGGCAGGGCCUCUUACAGGAACAUUUCCAGCUCAUCUGGGACAGAGAUGACUCCUCUCGACGAAGAGAAUCCGGAUGCGAUGAUGAACGGCCAAAACAUCGGACCGAGGUACCCGAAAGCCGUGAACUGGACCAGCAGCCCAGGAAGUCGCGGCCAGGAGAGUUACCCACUAGCAGUGUGGGACAUGGGCCACGAUGUAGGCCAUGCAGCCAAAGCGCCAACGAGGGAAGUCAAAGUAGUGUCACGAGAUGCGCAUGGGGGGCCGCGAAAAUCAUGGGAAGGAAAAUGGGAAGCGAAUCGACUUGUCAUAUUUGGGCCUCACUGCAUCAUCCGUCUGAAAACUACCCAGUCCAAUAAAUUCCUGCUGUCCCGUCGUCUUGGAACUUGGAAUGCGGGAGAGUUGACGAUUUUCGACGGCAUCGUGCAGACAUGGGAGGGGAAAGGGGAGAGGGGAAAGGGGGGCAACAGCACCAACAACUUCACCGGAUAUGCAAGACAACCCCCCGUGACGUCCCGGCAGCCUGGACAUGUCUCAACACCCAACGUACGAAGAACGCAUGGCCUGGCCCCUCAGGGAGGAGGGGAAAACAGGGUGAAGAACAAUGUGUUACCGGACGGCCCGGACCCAUCGGACAUCCUAUUGCUCCUCCGGACCCGGAACCCGGAGCCCGGACUUUGGAGCGCAGGGCUGAAGAACAAUAUGAAGAACGCAAGUCACGUUCCGACUGUGGGGGUUGCAUGCAGCAUGUAUGAUGUAUUUCAGUAUCUGCAGCGAACCAUCUUCCUGGCCCAGCUCGACCAACACGCCGCCCUGAAGGACCAAGGCAGCAAGCAGCCAGCAGCCAGCAGCCAGCCCAGCUCUCUACUCCCGCCUGACGAUCCUCUCCCCGAGUCUGAGUCCUGA